AUGACUGCGUUGGAAGAUAUGAUGAGGCAGGUCAACCCGACCAGCUGCCUGCCGCGCAUCAAUCAAGAGCCGACCGCAGACGACCUCAUGCGUGCAUUGGCGCACCUCGCCGACCUUUACUCGCCGCGCUCGCUGACCACGAGAGAAAAGACAUGGAUUGUCUCCGUCGAAGAACGAUAUCCAGAUGCCAUCGAUACCGCGCAGUACUCCGAUGCGCUCGACUCGGUGCGCGUCGACGAGAACGAGAAGCGGUAUGCGAUGAGCUGGCUCACGCGCCUCAUCGGCUCUGGGCUCUACUGGGUGGACGCCGAGGCGGAAGGGGUGACGGCCGACGAGCUGGUGGAUCUGGCCGGGCGCAUUCUGGGUGGUCAUGCGAGCAUCGAAGAAGCCGGCGCCAUCACGCGCGAGUUCAUCUUUCCGUUGGCAGCACCAGUGCGUGUGCCCGACAUCGAUGCAUCGGCACAUCAAGGCGCAAGCGCUUCCGACCCCAUCACGAUUACGCUUCGGGACGAUCCACUGCCACCUUCAGACAAGCAUUCGGAAGCGAGUACGACCUCGGGCGCGGGCGCUAGUCAGGAUGCGGCUGCAGCUGUGGGCGUCCAGACGUGGGGCGCGGCCAUCGUCGUGAGCGAUGUGCUCGUUCGAUAUCCCACCUUGUUUCACUCCGCUCUCGGAACGCCUACCGAGACACCGCUGCGAAUCGCUGAGCUUGGUGCAGGCACGGGACUGCUCGGCAUGGUGGCGGCAAGAUUGCUCCAACAACGCGGCACGCCAGCUGAGGUGGUGCUGACGGACUACCACCUGCAAGUGCUUAAGAACCUCGAACACAAUGUUCAAGAGAACUUUAGCUUGUCCUCCGAUGCAAAUGGCGGUGUUUCGGUCGACGUGGAGCAUCUGGACUGGCUUGAGGUGCAUCGCAGCAUGCAGCAAGGUCAUGCUCAAGUAGACGAUGCCGAUGCAGACAAGUACGAUCYGCUGCUGCUGGCCGAUGUGAUUUACGCACCCGAGCACGCGCACUGGAUCCGCUCGACGAUCGAGAAGCUACUCCGCAAGCCCUCACCCGACCGUCCGGACGAAGCGAGUGCGCGCGCACACAUCAUAAUGGCGGUUCGUGCAUCCGGCAAGUUCGAAGGGCUGUUCAAGACGGUGGAUGAAGCAUUCCAGCCGCGCUCCGGCUUCGGCAGUGUGCCUUCGCUGAGUGGUUCGAGCAGUGCAACGCCGUUGGAUACGCUGCCAGGUACGCCAGCCCUGGUGUCCGAGACGAGCGCUGUGGAUGUGCACAAGACCAACUCGAAGCACAGCGACCUUCUGCGCUCGCGUAUGGGUGCCCUCUCUCACCAGGCUGGAUUCUCGCAAGCCUCUCCCGAACUUGCUAUCGUGACUCGACGCAGGCUCGACAAGCGCGCCAACGUAGGCCGCAACGACGAGCAAGAGUACCUCUGGUUCGAGAUCGGCUGGACUUCUCCCAUGCUUGCCGCAUGA